AUGGCUUCUUUAAAGCUGACGACCCAGAUCAGCACCUCCGCGGCCGAGUUCCCGGCGGCCGGGCCUCGCCGGAGGCCGAACUUCGGUGGCCCAGGCAAAAAUCGGGUCGGGUUCAGAGUGUACGCGACGCAGCCCGACGCGGGGCCCGAUCUUAGCGUGACCGUCAAUGGGCUGAAGAUGCCGAACCCGUUUGUUAUCGGGUCAGGUCCUCCGGGAACCAACUACAAGGUCAUGAAACGGGCCUUUGACGACGGUUGGGGCGCCGUCAUCGCCAAGACGGUAUCACUGGAUGCCGAAAAAGUCAUAAACGUGACCCCUCGGUAUGCCAAGUUACGGGCUGAAGCAAAUGGAUCGGCAUUAGGACAGGUGAUCGGGUGGCAAAAUAUCGAGCUCAUAAGCGACCGUCCUCUAGAAACAAUGCUAAAAGAAUUUAAACAGUUGAAAGAAGAGUACCCAGACAGAAUACUUAUUGCCUCAAUCAUGGAAGAAUACAACAAAGCCGCAUGGGAGGAACUUAUUGACCGAGUGGAGCAAACUGGAGUU